AUGUCGACGGCAGAAGCAAUGGAUUGCGAUUCAUCAAACUACAAACGCUACACACUUUCCCAAACCCUAACCAGUCACAAACGAGCAAUCUCCGCCGUUAAAUUCUCCUCCAACGGCCGUCUUCUCGCCUCCUCUUCCGCCGACAAAACCAUCCGCACCUACGGUUUCACAAACUCCGAUUCCAAUUCCAACAGCCUAACCCUAUCUCCUAUGCAACAAUACGAAGGCCACGAACAAGGCGUUUCCGACAUAGCUUUCUCCUCCGAUACUCGUUACCUCGUCUCCGCCUCCGACGACAAAACCAUCCGUCUAUGGGACGUUCGGACGGGAGCGCUAAUCAAGACUCUUCACGGCCAUACUAACUAUGUUUUCUGUGUUAAUUUCAAUCCUCAGUCGAACAUCAUUGUUUCGGGGUCGUUUGAUGAGACGGUUAGGGUUUGGGAUGUUAAGACAGGGAAGUGUCUUAAGGUUAUUCCUGCGCAUUCUGAUCCUGUUACAGCUGUUGAUUUUAAUCGCGACGGGUCUCUUAUUGUUUCUAGUAGCUAUGACGGUCUUUGCAGGAUUUGGGAUGCUUCUACUGGUCACUGUAUGAAAACUCUUAUUGAUGAUGAGAAUCCUCCUGUUUCGUAUGUCAAAUUUUCGCCCAAUGCCAAGUUUAUUCUUGUUGGUACCUUGGAUAACAAUCUGAGGCUUUGGAACUAUUCUACUGGGAAGUUUAUGAAAUCUUACACUGGUCAUGUUAAUUCAAAAUACAGUAUUUCGUCCUCAUUUUCUACAACUAAUGGGAAGUAUGUUGUUAGUGGUUCAGAAGAUAGUUGUAUAUACUUGUGGGAUCUGCAGUCGAGGAAAAUUGUACAGAAGAUGGAAGGUCAUACAGAUACAGUCAUAUCUGUCUCGUGUCACCCUACGGAGAACAUGAUUGCUUCGGGAGCUCUCGGUAAUGAUAAGACUGUCAAGAUAUGGACUCAACAAAACGACUGA